AUGGGCUGCAAGCACGAGCUGACAAAAGAAAGAGAUGAAAAGCUGUCUGAAAUUGCUAGAGUGAGGGUUUUUUAUUUCAUAUUUCUCCAUUCAAAUUUUCUUUCGAACUUUUACAUUCUCUGUGAAUUUUCACGAGCCAGCAAAUGUUAAACAAAAAUUUCAAUAAAGAACCGUCUUUAUAUAGUAACUUAUUGGGUGCAGUUUAGUAACUUUGCAAAAACAUCUACGUUAUCGUGCUUUAAAAACUUUUUAAAACAAUACAAGGUAGGACUUGCAAAUCUGUGCAAAGCAAGUGCCAGACCCUGUUGUGAUUUUUUGUAGAAACUGGAAAAUAUGGGGUCCCUUAUAAAUUUUCAUGUCUGCCACAAAUUUCCAUGAAACGCCACAGACGCUUUGAUAUUGAUAUUAUUUUUAUAAAUAUUUAUCAACAAGCAAGGAAUUUUUUUUUCAGGAAAAAGUUAGAAAGCAUGCAAUCUUCUAGGGGUCCAUUAGUUUUUAUAAUUGAUACAAGACAGGUUUCCAUGUUAUACAGUAGGUUACAUUCGCAUGACUUUUUUUUCUACAGCUAAAAGAAGACAUUCAAGUCCAAAGUAAUAAAGCCCAGCGAGAAGCUAGAAAAAGAAAAGGAACUUAAAACGGAGUUAUGUCAAGCAAAGAGCGAUUUAGAAAAUAGAACUGCUGAGCUGAGGACAAAAGCAGGAAAUCUUCAAAGUGCACAGGAAGACAUCACAAAACUUGAUCAGCAACUCAAGGAACAGAGAGUAAAUUUGUUAAGAUUUUUUGUUCGAUUUUCAUUUGUCAUAAACGUUCAUGUUAAUAUUCGCGUGACGAUAAAAAACUUUUAGGCUUCCCUUGGCCAUGGAUACUUCUUUAAUUAAAGAGGAACGGCUUUCGAGUGUUGAUGAUCGUAUUUGCUUUAUUUCAGAUGCUGGAUGAGAAAGCUAUGGAGUAUAAAGAUGUGUUGAAUGCUUACCUAAACAAAGUCCAGCAAGAUUUUGAUCAGCAACUUCUCAGCAUUGACCGGCUGGCCACGGAAAAC